AUGUCUUUGCGACGAAUCCGUGACUUGACGAUUUUAGAUCGUGUCUAUGAGCAUAUUACUUUACCUCCACUAGUGGUAGCUGCAAUAGAUACUCCAUUUUUUCAGCGAUUGCGCAGCCUUCAUCAACUCGGGGCUAGUUCUUUCUUGUAUCCUGGUGCGGUGCAUACCCGCUUUGAGCAUAGUAUCGGCGUCGCGCAUAUGGCACGGACUCUUCUGCAAAACUUCCAGCGUCACCAACCUGACCUUGGGUUAGAUGAAGCUGACAUCCACAUUGGGAUGCUAGCGGGUCUUUUGCAUGAUGUGGGUCACGGUCCCUUUUCUCACCUCUUUGAGGACGUUGUUUUGAAACGCUUUGGUAUCGAAUUUAACCAUGAAGACAUGUCCGAGCGAAUAGCUCGAUGCAUCUUAAGGCCCCUCAUACCACAGCCACAUGUUGAUGCGGUGAUUAAUCUUAUGCGAGGUGUCGCUGCCCCUCAUGUUCCUUAUAGUGAAAUCGUCAGCAACAAGCGCAACGGUGUGGAUGUAGAUCGACUAGAUUACUUCAUACGCGAUUCCAUGUGUUGUUUUGGAAAGCCCACCGUUGAUGUCCGGGUGAACCGCCUCUUUAAUUCUUCCCGUUUAGUGUGCGAGAACAAUCAGUGGCAACUUGCAUUUGAACAGAAGUUGGCCUUGUCUCUACGCGAGAUUUUCUUGUUACGUACAAAGCUGCAUAAAAAUGUUUAUCAACAUCAAGUUACAAAGGCUAUUGGUCACAUGAUUGGGGAUAUUUUUUACUUAGCGGCACCGUACUUUAAAAUCUGCGGGCACACCAUUGUAGAGUGUGCGCAGGAUGAGAACCUUUUUCUCAAGUUGGGUGACUGGAUCCUGGAGGCAAUUGAAGCUAGUGAUGAGCCUCAGCUUCGACCAGCACAACUCCUUCUUCAGCGCCUGCGCACACGAGACAUCUAUCGCACCAUAUUCGCCUCAUCAUUAAAUAUGACGAAUCUCAAUCCGUUUAGGUUAAAGGAAGGUGACGUAGACUGGUGCCAGUGUAUCAUUGAUCAUGCACAUCCUUCCUUCCCGAUAGGUAAAGACGAUUUUAUUACAGAAGUGGUAGUUAUUAACCAAGGCAAAGGCCAAGAGGAUCCACUGGAAAGUGUUCUCUUUUUCAACCCCAAGAAACCAUCACAGCCACUCAUCCGGCUCGAUCAAGAGGACCGGUUGCGAUACAGCAGCCCUCUUUUUACGCCACUGCAAAUGGAAGAGCGCACACUGAUGGUCUUUGAGCGACGGGCCACUAACGGUGCGGUUCGUAAGGCCUGCGAUCGUGUGUUAGAGGAUCCAAAAUUUAUGGAUUUGUUUUCAGAUUGCCUACCCUUUUACAACCCCCAGUAA